AGAAGUCAUGUACGCACGCAUCGACAACGCUCGCAGGACCUCAAAUCGUCCGGCUUCAGUCAUAUCGAAAAGGGCCUCUAUGCACUCAUCGACGAGCGAUACAAGAGUGAGCUCGAAACUCUCAGAAAAACAAUCAAGAAGCAAGCAGCAGAUCAUCAAACCCAGCUGACUGCUCUUCGUGCCGACUUUGCGAAUGGAAGCCAAAAGGUGGAAGCGUUUGAUGGAACCCAGAUCAUAAAGAUGGAGACACAAAUCAAGAUAGAGAAAGCCAGAAUAAGGCGGUUGGAAGACGAGAACAAAAGGCUUCAAAACAAGAUUGCUCGGCUUGAAGGAGGGCUGGAGGCAGGGAUGAAUGACCUUCAGGAUCAUAUCAAGCAACUG